UACUUCGACAAGGACGCCUGCAUGAAAUGCUACCUCUACUGGAAGCGCCACCACGGCUACAUCCCGAGGGUAGAUGCCUCGAAGAUGUACCGAGAGGACGAUAGCUUCAAGGAGUGCUGGAACAACGGCAUGAAGGUGACAUCCAACAAGAGGUUCCGCGUCGUGUACCGCGCGUCUUUCCUCCCCCUCGAGCUUGGCGAGUGCAAGGGCAAGUUCGGCGUCUCCCCCCACGCGCUCAAAGUGAAACCCACGAGCGCCACUGACCUCGAUGGCAAGGCUCGGAGCGUCUACCUGGUGGGGAACCCAGCGAGGCCAGACGUGGAGAUGGACAUUGAGAGGGUCGAAGAGGUGACCAAGAAAGACGGCGUCUGGAAGACCAGGGCUGUGUUCGAGAAUGAGGCCAGCAGGUUCUACGACAACGAGACGGAGAGGGUUCGCGACGAGAGCGCGCUUGGCUUCGCGAAAGCGCUCACCGAGGAGGAGAUCAGGCCAGGUGGGCCUGAUGGGGGCGGUUGCCUCGAGCCUGAGGCCUCCAACGCGCGCCAUUUCCUGUCGGAUCUCUCCGUGGAUCUCAGGUCGGCGGCGCCGCCGGCGGGCCUGACCACUCUUGCCAAGGGUGCCGAGAGCGACGCCGCAUCAGUGCUGGGCGGGGGCAGUCAGUUUUGUCGCAAAGCAUCCUUUCAGCGCGGCCCCUCUUCCGUCUACGGCGCCUACGGGACAGGCGAGGAUCUCGACGACGGCCCGCCCGCCAGGAACGCCAGGGAACACGUGGCGAAGCUGAGCAUCUGGGCCAUCCUGGACCACAAGAAGAAGGGCACCCAGAUGCAGAACGCCAGGGAGUUCCUGCAGAAGGAGCCUGACGCACCCGACGCUGAUAUGCUGCAGGAGAGGAUAGAGUUGGCGGCCAAGUGCACGCAGUUUCAUCGCGGCGGCGUCUUCGAGGUCAGCCUCACGGGUGACAACAAGACCUGCGAGGACUUGCUCAACUCUGGACAAGGGAUCCCAGCGGUUGCCAAGCAGUACAUCCUCGACAGGCGCGUCAAGAUCUGGCAGGAGGACCCAGAUAGCUACAACAAGAUUGACGAGAUCAUGGACAUCGUGUUCCCUUGGGACAGGGCGAUGGCGAAGGACAAAUCCUCGGAGAAAGAGAAAGGUGAAAUGGGGCCCUUCGCGUGUACGUAUGGCCCGACGAACCCCAAAGUGCGUGCCUUGGACAUCUCCGAGUCGGAGAAAGCUCUGAAGUUCGGUGAGACCGUAGUUAAGGUCAUACUGGCGCCGAUGCUUAAGAUCGGCCAGAGCGGCACGGAGCAGGUGAUCAACUUCUCCAAGGGCUUCCCGGCCCACUUGCUGAACAUGCCAGGCGAUUGCGCGGAAGAGACAUUGGCCAACGUGGUCACCGAGCUGCUCACGUGCUUCAGGGGGAUCCUGGUGAUGAUGUUCCAGACGGUGGACGGCGGCGGGUCCCGCGAUGACUUCGCGGACCUGGCGACGCCGCCGAAGCAGUGCACCUUAGCCCAAUCGCCGGCCGUAACCAUCCGCUCACAGCCAUACUGGAAUGGUCAGAAGGCUAACUACCUGAAAUACAGAAAGCCUCGCGAGAGGGCUGAGCCCCGCCUCCAGGAGAUCAAGACCGCAUUGGCACCAGGUGCAGCGGCCGUACCUUUGGACACGUUGAAGGCGUACAUGGAGAGCAUCUACAUGCUGAAGGGCGAGCUGCCUGAGGACGCGUUCGAUGGCAUCAUGGGUCCGCUGAAGGACUGCGCACUGCACAACCUUGCACUCAUUCACGACAAGCUGAGCUCUGCAGAUGGGCCGUUGGACGCCCUGAGCGCGUAUGCCGAAUUCAAGCAUGCCAUGGAGGACGUGCGGGAUAGGAGAGCGGGGGUUGCGAAUGAGACGUUGCUGAUGGAUCUGAAGGCGGCGUGCGAAGCCGCCGAGGCGGUGACCAGCUUCGAGGCACUCGUGGCCAAACAGGACGCGUUGGGAUUAUCGCUGUCGGCCGCGAAAGGGCUGCGCGAGUGCCCGAAGCUCAGCGCGCUGGGCGUGGACUUAGCCACCCUCGCGAUGGUCGACGGCAUCGUCGCGUCCCUCUGUGGCCCUGACGGCUUCGCGGAUGCCGCUUGCAGCAAGUUGAUGGUCACCAGCCUGCGCAUGCUGAAGCCGUGGGUUCCAGCGAGCACCCAUUCCAUGAAGGGCGUCUCCGUCAGCUCAUUCCUCGAGGUGUUCGGCGAGGCGCUCGACCUGGGCGAGCGUCGCCGUGCGACUGAAGUGAAGCACGGGAGCUUGGUCGAGGACCUCGCGAAUAAGAUCCCGCUGGAGGAUGUGAAGGAGAUGUUCGCGCUCGUCGGCCCCUUCAACACGAAGCUCGACGCAUUGGACGAGCAAUUGACGCAGAAAGGCGCCGCCAUCAACGCUGCUGGCAUCCACGUGUCUUUGCCGAGCAUGCGUGCGCUCAUCAGUGGCAUCGUCGACCAGAAGCUGGACCACAACAAGAUCAAGAUCGAGGACUACUCAGGCGACGCUGAGGUUUUGACGACUUGGGCAGGCGGCUGCAACGGUAAGAUCUGGUCGGAGAAGCUCAAGCCUGAUGUCAAGAACGCGCUUGUUGCUACGAAAGCGCGCUGCGACAAGACGCUCUGGAACAUUCCAGCCAAGAUGCUGGUGGACCUCGCGGCUCAGGUGGAAGAGAAGUGGCGUCAGUUGAAGGAGAGGAAGACGAUCCUCGAGGUGGGCCGUUCGCAGACCGUGUUCCCACCGUAUCAGUUCGUGGUCGAUGCGGUCAACGUUGUGCAGAGGGCGCUUGCGACGAUCUUUGAGGGCAAGGUCAUCGUUUCCGCCGAUGCGUUGAAAGACAACCUGGUGCAGAUGAAAGCAGCGAUCGGCGGCUACAAGAAGAAGGCUUCGACUUACGAUCUGUGGGAUGACAAGCCGUUCCAGAUAUGGGCGAAGGCGGUUCCAGCGGUUUUGGAGAUAGAGAAAAAGGCCAUG